GGGGGCGGGACAAUGAGGCCACAGGAGUGCGCAGCUGCAGUGAUGUCCAUGUCCAUGAAGACUCUGCUCGAACAUUGACUAGUUUAUCUUCAUCACUGCGCGUCUAGAGGGAAAACUGGAUUAAAGCAGCCACGCCUCUGCAGUUUGAAGGUAAAGAGGCUGUAAUGUGACAGCCGGCUCAUGGACAGUGUGGCAGGAGAAACCAUGGGGUCUGAUUAGACUGGCUGUGUGCUGGACUUUCACAGUAUGGAGGUCGUGUUGUACAGUAACAGAGAGCUGGUCGAGUUCUUUGUAGGCUAUAAGCUGUGUCAGAGGAACUACCCCAUCUCUCUGCUGAGGCCAGAAGAUCCUGGGAAAAGAACUGAGGACGACGAGGCUGACUCGGCAGCCGGUAAUGGCCUGCUGGACAACCGCAGGGACAGGCGUGGUCAGCCAGAGCUGCCGUCACCACCACAUGGUGACAUAGAGGCCGUAAAGGCAGCUCUCCGGGACUCUGCGGAGGAGUUUGAACUGCUCUUCAAACAAGCAUUUAGUGACCUUUCCUUGAAGCUAGACAUCACUCCUGACACGGCCUACCACAGCUUCAAGUGUGUGAUGGACGAGGUGUUCAAGGACGGAGUCAAUUGGGGACGAAUCGUGGGCCUGUUUGUUUUUGGGGGGAUUCUCAGUAUGGAAUGUGUGGAGAAGAACAUGAGUGAGCUGGUUUCCCGCAUUGUGGACUGGAUGACCAUGUACCUCGAUGAACACAUCAGUCCAUGGAUCCAGAUCCAAGGAGGCUGGGACUGCUUUGCUGAGAUUUUCGGGCGAGACGGCGCUGCAGAAGCGAGGAGAUGUCGGGAGGCUGUGAGGAGAUGGCUGCUGGUUGGAGUGGGGCUGCUGUCAGCGAUAGUGAUUGGCAUUCUCAUAUCAAAGAAGCACUGACAGGGCCGCGUGGAGUUCACACGCCUGGUUUAAUACGACACCAACACAAACCCAACUCUAUAGUAAAUGUUUACAGGAAGUCUGAUCUGCUUGUGCACUGACAGAAUCUCCAUAACCAUGUAGCUUGGUGAGCUGACUUGCUUCUCUCCCACUUUGUCGUGUCUGUUUAUUUUCACCCGUCCGCGGCUGUUAACCCUCCACACAGGAAGUGCUUUAAAUGACCCAGAUAAGCUAAAAACAAAUCAGUGACAAACAUGACAUGGUUUGAGGAAAGUUCUCAUUUACUUUGUUUUUUAAUCUGUGUGUGUGUGUGUGUGUGUGUGUGUGUGUGUUAUCCAAGGACCAAUUUUUAAUCAUUUGAAAGUCACAGCUGACAGAAUAUGUAAGGUAUGUUUGCUGCUCCCUGUGUAACUCACACUGUACUGGGUUUUAAAGCAUGCUUCAAAACAAGAAAAAUAACACAUAUAUAUAUAUAUAUAUAUAUAUAUAUAUAUAUAUAUAUGUGUGUUUUUUUUUCUUGUGUCUUUCUUUUGUUUUUAUUAUCCGCUGUUGUCCAAAAAGCUGUGUAAAAUAUUCACAUCAAUAACAACAAUAUCCACUGAAGGUUUGCAUUAAAUGCUCCAUAGGACCCACAGUACUGAUGUAAAUAUUACUGCUUCUUAUUCACAACAUGAAGGAAUGCCAGGUAAAGCAGUGUCUAACUGUCAAAUGUAUCCAUGAAGAGGAACAAUUCACUUCAUCCAUUCAUUAGCUACUCUGAUCUAGCUACAGCUGAUGUGUCUCUGGCCCGCCUCCUACAGGUAGGAGACAAAAGUCUUUCAUUUAACCCGUCAUGUCAUGUAACCUGCACGACUAGUGCCAGGCAAAAAGUGUAUAAAUAUUACAGGUGAAUAAAAAAUCUAAUGAACACAAAGACUUUAAUGUCGUUAUAUACAAAAAAGAUAAACAAAACAAUACUUGCUGUAUGAAUACUGUGCAGAAUAUAGAAGACUGCACUGAAAGUGCAACCAGAAGUGGAAACUGCAAAAAAGAGAUGAGAAGGAGGGAUAAGAACCAAGUAAACCAUCACAGACUAGAUAUGACUCACUGGGGAAAUUCACUUGUUACAGCAGCGGGGUUGGGAGCAGACAGGUGUGAGGCAACAGCGCUAGCCACUAUUCCACCAUGUGGCCCUGCAGAAAACAUUACAUACUGAAUUGAUGUCAACCCCAAUGCAAGGCAGUCACACUCAGGAAGAGAAGGGGCUGAGAUUAACUGUUGUCUGCUGUAUUUCAGUAGAACAGCACAAACAGUGCUGUAGUCACAUGUAACUGUACUCAAUCAUGUUUACUAGAAGUGUAAAGCUAAAAGAGAAGAAGCCAAAUACAAAUGACCCUAACCCUUAUAACCCCCCCUCUUGUUCCGGCUCUGUUUUCAAAGUUCUCCAUUUAACUGGGAUGGGACAAUUCUGUAACUUACAGAAUUAAUAUGAAGCCAUCAAGGAGAAGGUUGCACACAAUAACAUGCAUUAAUACUGUGAUUUAAGAAGAAAACUCCACUCCAUCAUAUUCAUUCUGCUCAUAUACACUAACAUGAUUAUACACAACAUGCAGUGCUUACUUUCUUAUUCUUGAUUCAGUCUUAACGAGUGAAAGUUACACACAUACACGUACAGUACGUGUGUGUGUUAUCUCUGAGCUGCAGGGGCAGGGUCUGAUGUCCUGUCAUUAAACACUGGAGCUGCAGUGCUGUAGUUUGACCGUCUGGGGGCGCUUGUGAACCAGAUAUUUUCCAUUUGACAGUGUUUUUUGCGCUACAUUUCACAGUGUAGCCACUGCGUUCAUGUUUUAUCAACAGCGUCAGGAAGCCGUGAGUUUGUUGCGUUCAGAGUGACAAAGAUUAAAAUCAAACAAAAACAACCUGUAACAGUUGUUUCUCCCUAAGACGUUUCCAGUCUCCAAAGUGCUCGUGUUUGAGAGGGAAGAGCACUAACGGACAGCUGUGUGACAGAGCUGGAGCAGGCCUGUGGUUGCUAAUCUGUCCUUGUCAUUUGUUGCCAUUUCCCCAGAGCAGAGCUGACAGCUGCAGCAGAUAAAUGGCAGAUAGAGACAGUUAAGGAAGAGGAUAAAUUAUGGACACACUUGUCAAACAAUGUACAGAAUUUUUACAUUUCGUUUUUUUCCCCCCGAUUCAGUGGAAUUUAGGCUAAAACAAAAGAUAUGAAACUGUGAUAGAAACCCCUGAGUCUAACUGUGAGGUUCACACAACAAAGACUACAUCACAGUAACUCAUUAUCAAGGUCCAGAGGGAAUGACAC